AUGCCAUUUCUUGAUCGUCCAAAUCAAGACCUUCCUAUACCAACAUUGGACAAACAACCUGUUAAUGGCACCAAGCUUAACGUCCCCGUUCCUGCAGUGGCAAGACUAACAAUCCCUGGCGUAUGCACAGAUUACCGUUUCACCGCAAACGAUCUGCUCAAUGAAGGUGAACUAGGUCAUGGUAACUUUGCAUUUGUUCAAAAGAUGCGGCAUCGAAAGCUUGAUUGUUCAAUGGCAGUAAAAAUUGUUCGAUCAGUACUAAAUGAACGUGAGAAGAACAAAUCCCUCAAGGAUCUGCACAUCAUUAUGAAGUCAAAAUUUGAACGGAUUGUCACGUUUUAUGGAGCCAUCUUUCAUGAGAGUGAAUGCUGGAUUUGCAUGGAGUUGAUGGACUCUUCUCUUGACAAAUUUUACAAAAUGGUCUAUCUGGAGCGCAAAUCAUUUAUUCCAGAGGCUGUGCUCGCAAUGAUUACCGUUGCUGUGAUUUAUCAGUUUCUUAUCGUAUCUGCUUUGAACUACUUGAAAUGUGAACUUCACGUUAUGCAUAGAGAUGUCAAACCCUCCAACGUGCUUAUUAACAAAGGUGGGGAUGUAAAGCUAUGUGACUUUGGUAUCUCUGGUGAUCUCGUGAACAGCCUUGCCAUGACCAAAGAUGUCGGAUGUAGACCCUACAUGGCGCCAGAACGCAUAAACCCAGACCUCAUGUCCCAUGGCUACGACGUGCGCUCCGAUGUGUGGAGUCUGGGCAUUAGUCUGGUUGAGCUGGCUACCGGUCGGUUUCCCUAUCCUUCAUGGCGGUCACCCUUUCACCAACUCCAGUCCGUGCUGCAGUCGCCUUCGCCACAGCUUCCGCCCGAUGAGGAGGUCUCCGUACCGUUCUCGGCAGCAAUGCGCGAAUUCGUUGACGCCUGUCUUCAGAAGGACCUCAAGAAGCGACCAAAAUAUGCCGCUCUUAUGGAACUGCCAUGGUACGUGGAAGCAACGUCAUCGAGGGUGGAUUUGGGUGCCUACUUUACAACCAUCCUGGAAUCUGCCCCUGAACCUGCCCUAUAA